UUGUCUUGUGUUAAUAAAGGUGACAGCUCAGAGUAACAGGAGCAGAUAGGAGGAGUUUGCGUUGCAUCAUCAUUAACCGCGUGACGUUGUCAAUAACGCUCAACGAGGAAAGUUAAAUAUUGAGAAGUGGGUAAGGUUAGCUGAAACUUAGUAACUAUGAGGUCAAUCACAGCUUCAUUCCGACAGUAGCUAUAUAUCCACUGGCAAGCCAGGUGAGAGGCGCCUUCCAGGAAACAGCCAGAUUCACUAGCACAGCUGAAUGGCUUAUAAUUUCAAAACUCUUGCCUGUAUUUUCCACUAAGGCUUUUCUUUGCUUGCGCAUUGGAACAUAUCAGGUUUGCAUAUGAUGAGCAGCGUCGGUUCAUGAGAACUGCUUAUAAAUGUCCACAAAAGCGGAUAGAGACCCACAGGUAGAUGUGACCCACCUAGACUCCCGCAAAGCAGAAUGGGCUGAAGACGUUGACGGACGGGAGGUGAUGAGGACGGAUGAAGCUCCAGCGCCUCGCAGGCUCAGCCGCAGCCCGAAGUGCGCUCGCUGCAGGAAUCACGGCGUCGUGUCGCGCCUCAAGGGCCACAAGCGCCUGUGUCGCUGGCGUGACUGUCAGUGCGCGAACUGUCUGCUGGUCGUAGAGAGACAGAGAGUGAUGGCAGCGCAAGUCGCCCUCCGGAGACAGCAGGCCACAGAGGGUAAAAAAGGUCAAAAAAACACCUCUGUUCUCAGACGUACUGCUUACCAGCGCUACACGAGGGCACCUAGUCUCCUGGCAAAGAGUAUUCUAGAGGGCUACAGGCCACCUGUGUUAGAGGACUGGCCAAAGAGACUGCACCAACCCCCAGUCAGUGUUCGUAUGAGGAAAAGGAGAGCGUUUGCAGAUAAAGAGCUGGAGACUGUGAUGCUUGAAAGAGAGCUGAGGCAAAGAGAGAUGGAAGAGUUGCCUGCACUACUCCUCCAGGCUGUGGUGCCGUCCGCUCCCUCUCCGUAUUUUUUCCCGCUGUCAGACACAAUCAUGCCCACGUACAUGCCUGUGUCCAAAAGCGGCCCUUCUUUGACUGACUGUGAUCUCCCUCACCAUCAACACGCGCUUAAAUCCAAGGCUCUAGACACACUGACAGACAGUGUCUCUCUAAGGGUGUGUGAGAACUGGGACGUUUUCAAUUCGAUUCGGCCUCCACCUCGCUGUUACAGCACAAGCCCAGGUGUCAACAUGGUUAAAAACAUACCGGACAGCGGGUUUUCUGAUAUGUCUGUCAAACCAAAAAGUUUAGUUGUUGACACCAUGUCAAAGCAAGACAUUCCUCCCUCACCGAAUAUGGCAGACGUGCUGGUACAAGCUAAAUCGCCCCACAAGCGCUGCAGGUCAUUGGGACAUGAGGCCUGUGUUCACAUGGACCGAAUGGAGGGCGCAAAUAAAGACCCCAUCAAAAAAGCUGUGACACGGCCAUUACCUUUUUCUGUAGAGGCAUUGCUCAUGAGAUAAAAAUAUUUUUGUAACACUUUACAAUAGGGUUCAGUUUGUUAGCAUAAUGUAUUACAUUAAUUUACAUUACAUUAACAGCCAAUGUAAUUUUUUACACUGUUUAUUAAUGUUGUUUAUUGUUAAUAUCUACAUACACUAAUACAUUUUUAACAAGUUAGAUAUUGACAUUACCUACUGCGUUAUGAAUUAACAAUGAACAGCAUAUUUAUAAAGUAACAUGAAUACAGAUUAUGAAAUGCUGUUAAAAAGCAAACUUUUUGGUAAAGUGUGACCUUUUCAAUUUAUAUUUGAUCUAGAUUUGCAGUAGCAUUUACAGCUGAGCUUAUUUUCAAACAUAAUUAAUGUAAUUUCAAGCAAGCAGAGGAAAUAAUCAAACACAAUCAAGUAGUGCUGAGAAAUACGAUUUAUUUUACUGAAUCUGUUCACUUGAACCAUUCAUGUAAAUUAACCUUUUCUUAAAUAGUUAACCUGUUCAUUUGUCCUUGUGCACUAGUGUUUGUGUUCAUUACAUUUCCUAUUCAGUUAUAUAAAUACGAUGUUUAUAGUUUUAUUAUUUUCAAUUAAUGUUUUUAGGUUUAAGGAAUCAAAAGAUUCAAGUUGUUGGGAUGAAUCAAAGAGUUUAACCCUUAACUACUUAAAACGGACUAGCUUGUAGCUUGGCAUGCAAGUUUUUAAUGAAGCUUCGCCAACACUGCACUGAAAAGUUAAAUAAUCAGUAACCUUCCUGUUUAAUAAACUACUUUUGAUUAGAAUACUUUUGAUUCAUUUCUAACUAAAGUUGUUCAAAUGAUGUUUUUAUAAUCCUGUUUAAAUCAAUUAUAUGAAAUUGUUAAAUACACAGUAUGGAAUAUACAUGCAUCUUACUAACCUUUAUACUUUAUCAAUAUAUGAAUUUUUGUUUUCUGUUCAAAAAACAUUGUGAUGUGUCUUUCUUGUACAUGUAAAUAGCCAUGACUAACCCUAUUUUUUAAAUUAUUCGUAUUUUUAAACUCCAAAUAUGAAAGUCUGAUGUAAACGCAUAGGUAGCUAAGGAUCAAAUGAAAGAGUGGUGGAAAAAAGAUUAGUUUCUGUCUCUCUUCCUUUAAUGUGAAUUAAUGAUGUAGUUCAUACAGUGGUUGGAUUGAAGUGAUGCCUGGUUCAUCUGUGUAUUUAAGCUACAGGCUCCCACAAAGGUGCUUUGAACUGUUUCUGCGGUGUUCAUAAAAUAUUUUUAAUUUUAAAGAAAACUAACGAUGAAAAGGGCUCUCAGACAGGAACCAACUCAAAGUGUAAAACUAAACGGAUGAGGAGAAAGACACAUGUGCCUGAGGGUCCAGACGCAAGAAACCAUUCUAAUAUGAGCUCAGGAGGACAAAAUAUUCACUAUGUUUUUCUGCUUUUUCUUUUUACAUCUUAAUCAGGAAGUUCAUAAAAGUCUUAUUCCUGUCAGUACUGUGUGUUCAAGUGAAUGUGUUGGCUUAGCAACAUUGUGCAAUAUAUUUGGGAGUGUAUCGCUGUCCUGUAGACUGGUUUAGACAAUGUAUAUCCUCUCUUUUCUAUCUUUUCUUUAUUUUCCAUUUCAGUUUUUGAGAUAUGGAAGCCUGAUAGUUUUGACAUCUCUGGACCAUGUGGCGUCAACAUGUGUGAUGGCAUCAUGCCCUCCUCUGUGUCUGUCUCUAUAUCUCAGCACAUCUGCCAGUGCAGAUAGGGGCUUUACGUUAGGAGUCUUCCUGAGAGGGGAAUCUGAGGCCUCUUGUGGUCCACUUAAAAAAACAUGCAAGAAGAGUGCAGAAGAACAUUAGUGUUUUUAAAUGAUAAUCACGAUCUAUAUCGAAAUCCUCAGUUACUUGAGAUCAUAAUAGUUGUGAAGAGUGCUUCCAAACAAUGGGAUACUAAUCUUUUUUGUUACAAAAUAUAUUUACUUUAAGAAUUUAAAAUGUAGUUUCGUUGCUUAGUAUAUACACAAAAUACAAAGAAGAAGUCUUUGAAAGAAGUCUCUUUGCUCAACAAAGCUACAUUUAUUAGAGAAAAAUGCACUAAAACAGUAAUAUUGUGAUUUUUAAAAUGCAAUUUUACUAAAUUUUUAUAUAUUUAAAAACAAUUUAUUAUGCUGAAUUUUCAGAAGACAUUAUUUCAGUCUUCAGUGUCACUCACGUAAUCCUUUAGAAAUUGUUCUAAUAUGCUGAUUUGGUGCUUAAGAAGCAUUUUUAUUAUUAUCAACAUUACUAUUUUUGUGAAAACCCUGAUAAUUUUUUUCAGGAUUAUUUUGAUGAAUAGAAAGAAAUCUUUUGUAACAUUAGAAAUAUCUUUACUCUUACUAAAAAUCUAUUUAAUGCAU